AGAAGUAAGGGUACCAGCUUUGUACAGCCUGUAGAGACAUUUUCCUGCCCUAGCGCUUCCGUUUUAUUUUACCAACUUUUUGUAAACGAUGGCCUCCGCAUCCCGAACCACUAUUGCCUCGGCUGCCGCAGGCGUCGCACUCUUCGGCGGAGCAGCUUUCGUGUCUGCGCCUACCACACGGUCUGGAAACCUGCGAGCAACCAUGUCCGCAGCAACUCCUGCCUCCGCUCCAGUGUCUGGACUGGAGGCGAGCACCGCCAUGGCGGUGGCGGGCACGGCGAUUGCGGCCUUUGCCAGCCGCAAGGCCAGUGCAGCCAAUCGGAAGCACCAGCUGGUCGCGUUGACGGCCUUCGAGAACGAGCUCGGUGUGCAGGCGCCAGUUGGAUUUUGGGAUCCCGCUGGGUUUACCGCAGACGGCAGCACCGAGAACUUCGCGCGAAGGCGCCAGACGGAGUUGAAGCAUGGCAGGAUUUCCAUGCUCGCAACCAUGGGCUACAUUACGCCGGAGAUCACCGGAAAAUUUCCGGGCUAUUUGAGCCCUUCCGCAGGCUUGAAGUUCGCGGAUGUCCCGAAUGGGCUCGCAGCAAUUUCCAAAGUGCCCGCUGCAGGGUGGGGUCAGAUCUUGGCUUACAUGGCCUUCUGCGAGGUGUCCCAGGACCAGUCGGCGGGAACUCCUGCAGCAGCGGGUGACUUCGGAUUCAAGGUGCUCACCGCAUCCGACCCGGAGGCCAAGAAAACUAAGCUUGCAGCCGAACUUGCGAACGGUCGCCUGGCCAUGAUGGCGAUCAUUGGAAUGUUCUUCCAGGACGGCUUGACUGGCAGCGCCUGGGGUGACUGGGCCAACUACACUGCUUCCCCUCUGCGAGCUUUCGAAAACGAGCUCGGUGUGCAGGCGCCAGUUGGAUUUUGGGAUCCCGCUGGGUUUACCGCGGAUGGCAGCACCGAGAACUUUGCACGCAGGCGCCAGACGGAGUUGAAGCAUGGCCGAAUCUCCAUGCUUGCUACCAUGGGCUACAUUACGCCGGAGAUCACCGGAAAAUUCCCAGGCUAUUUGAGCCCUUCCGCAGGCUUGAAGUUCGCAGAUGUCCCGAAUGGGCUCGCCGCAAUUUCCAAAGUGCCCGCUGCAGGGUGGGGUCAGAUCUUGGCUUAUAUGGCCUUCUGCGAGGUGUCCCAGGACCAGUCGGCGGGAACUCCUGCAGCAGCGGGUGACUUCGGAUUCAAGGUGCUCACCGCAUCCGACCCGGAGGCCAAGAAAACUAAGCUUGCAGCCGAACUUGCGAACGGUCGCCUGGCCAUGAUGGCGAUCAUUGGAAUGUUCUUCCAGGAGACGCAAACUCUUGUGCUUGUGCAGGACGGCUUGACUGGCAGCGCCUGGGGUGACUGGGCCAACUACACUGCUUCCCCUCUGCGAGCUUUCGAGAACGAGCUCGGUGUGCAGGCGCCAGUUGGAUUUUGGGAUCCCGCUGGGUUUACCGCGGAUGGCAGCACCGAGAACUUUGCGCGCAGGCGCCAGACGGAGUUGAAGCAUGGCCGAAUCUCCAUGCUUGCUACCAUGGGCUACAUUACGCCGGAGAUCACCGGAAAAUUCCCAGGCUAUUUGAGCCCUUCCGCAGGCUUGAAGUUCGCAGAUGUCCCGAACGGGCUCGCCGCAAUUUCCAAAGUGCCCGCUGCAGGGUGGGGUCAGAUCUUGGCUUAUAUGGCCUUCUGCGAGGUGUCCCAGGACCAGUCGGCGGGAACUCCUGCUGCAGCGGGUGACUUCGGAUUCAAGGUGCUCACCGCAUCCGACCCGGAGGCCAAGAAAACUAAGCUUGCAGCCGAACUUGCGAAUGGUCGCCUGGCCAUGAUGGCCAUCAUCGGAAUGUUCUUUCAGGAUGGCUUGACUGGCAGCGCCUGGGGUGACUGGGCCAACUACACUGCUUCCCCUCUGCGAGCUUUCGAGAACGAGCUCGGUGUGCAGGCGCCAGUUGGAUUUUGGGAUCCCGCUGGGUUUACCGCGGAUGGCAGCACCGAGAACUUUGCGCGCAGGCGCCAGACGGAGUUGAAGCAUGGCCGAAUCUCCAUGCUUGCUACCAUGGGCUACAUUACGCCGGAGAUCACCGGAAAAUUCCCAGGCUAUUUGAGCCCUUCCGCAGGCUUGAAGUUCGCAGAUGUCCCGAAUGGGCUCGCAGCAAUUUCCAAAGUGCCCGCUGCAGGGUGGGGUCAGAUCUUGGCUUAUAUGGCCUUCUGCGAGGUGUCCCAGGACCAGUCGGCGGGAACUCCUGCAGCAGCGGGUGACUUCGGAUUCAAGGUGCUCACCGCAUCCGACCCGGAGGCCAAGAAAACUAAACUUGCCGCCGAACUUGCGAACGGUCGCCUGGCCAUGAUGGCGAUCAUUGGAAUGUUCUUUCAGGACGGCUUGACUGGCAGCGCCUGGGGUGACUGGGCCAACUACACUGCUUCCCCUCUGCGAGCUUUCGAGAACGAGCUCGGUGUGCAGGCGCCAGUUGGAUUUUGGGAUCCCGCUGGGUUUACCGCGGAUGGCAGCACCGAGAACUUUGCGCGCAGGCGCCAGACGGAGUUGAAGCAUGGCCGAAUCUCCAUGCUUGCUACCAUGGGCUACAUUACGCCGGAGAUCACCGGAAAAUUCCCAGGCUAUUUGAGCCCUUCCGCAGGCUUGAAGUUCGCAGAUGUCCCGAAUGGGCUCGCAGCAAUUUCCAAAGUGCCCGCUGCAGGGUGGGGUCAGAUCUUGGCUUAUAUGGCCUUCUGCGAGGUGUCCCAGGACCAGUCGGCGGGAACUCCUGCUGCAGCGGGUGACUUCGGAUUCAAGGUGCUCACCGCAUCCGACCCGGAGGCCAAGAAAACUAAGCUUGCAGCCGAACUUGCGAACGGUCGCCUGGCCAUGAUGGCGAUCAUUGGAAUGUUCUUCCAGGACGGCUUGACUGGCAGCGCCUGGGGUGACUGGGCCAACUACACUGCUUCCCCUCUGCGAGCUUUCGAGAACGAGCUCGGUGUGCAGGCGCCAGUUGGAUUUUGGGAUCCCGCUGGGUUUACCGCGGAUGGCAGCACCGAGAACUUUGCGCGCAGGCGCCAGACGGAGUUGAAGCAUGGCCGAAUCUCCAUGCUUGCUACCAUGGGCUACAUUACGCCGGAGAUCACCGGAAAAUUCCCAGGCUAUUUGAGCCCUUCCGCAGGCUUGAAGUUCGCAGAUGUCCCGAAUGGGCUCGCCGCAAUUUCCAAAGUGCCCGCUGCAGGGUGGGGUCAGAUCUUGGCUUAUAUGGCCUUCUGCGAGGUGUCCCAGGACCAGUCGGCGGGAACUCCUGCAGCAGCGGGUGACUUCGGAUUCAAGGUGCUCACCGCAUCCGACCCGGAGGCCAAGAAAACUAAGCUUGCAGCCGAACUUGCGAACGGUCGCCUGGCCAUGAUGGCGAUCAUUGGAAUGUUCUUCCAGGACGGCUUGACUGGCAGCGCCUGGGGUGACUGGGCCAACUACACUGCUUCCCCUCUGCGAGCUUUCGAGAACGAGCUCGGUGUGCAGGCGCCAGUUGGAUUUUGGGAUCCCGCUGGGUUUACCGCGGAUGGCAGCACCGAGAACUUUGCGCGCAGGCGCCAGACGGAGUUGAAGCAUGGCCGAAUCUCCAUGCUUGCUACCAUGGGCUACAUUACGCCGGAGAUCACCGGAAAAUUCCCAGGCUAUUUGAGCCCUUCCGCAGGCUUGAAGUUCGCAGAUGUCCCGAAUGGGCUCGCAGCAAUUUCCAAAGUGCCCGCUGCAGGGUGGGGUCAGAUCUUGGCUUAUAUGGCCUUCUGCGAGGUGUCCCAGGACCAGUCGGCGGGAACUCCUGCUGCAGCGGGUGACUUCGGAUUCAAGGUGCUCACCGCAUCCGACCCGGAGGCCAAGAAAACUAAGCUUGCAGCCGAACUUGCGAAUGGUCGCCUGGCCAUGAUGGCCAUCAUCGGAAUGUUCUUUCAGGAUGGCUUGACUGGCAGCGCCUGGGGUGACUGGGCCAACUACACUGCUUCCCCUCUGCGAGCUUUCGAGAACGAGCUCGGUGUGCAGGCGCCAGUUGGAUUUUGGGAUCCCGCUGGGUUUACCGCGGAUGGCAGCACCGAGAACUUUGCGCGCAGGCGCCAGACGGAGUUGAAGCAUGGCCGAAUCUCCAUGCUUGCUACCAUGGGCUACAUUACGCCGGAGAUCACCGGAAAAUUCCCAGGCUAUUUGAGCCCUUCCGCAGGCUUGAAGUUCGCAGAUGUCCCGAAUGGGCUCGCAGCAAUUUCCAAAGUGCCUGCUGCAGGGUGGGGUCAGAUCUUGGCUUAUAUGGCCUUCUGCGAGGUGUCCCAGGACCAGUCGGCGGGAACUCCUGCUGCAGCGGGUGACUUCGGAUUCAAGGUGCUCACCGCAUCCGACCCGGAGGCCAAGAAAACUAAGCUUGCCGCCGAGCUUGCGAACGGUCGCCUGGCCAUGAUGGCGAUCAUCGGAAUGUUUUUCCAGGAUGGCCUGACUGGCAGCGCCUGGGGUGAUUGGGCGAACUACACGGCUUCGCCUCUGCGAGCGGCAAGGGAGAUGUGAGGCCGAGGAUGAGUUUGGCAAGUGGACCGGACUCGGGCUG